AUGACAGAGCUGCACCAAGCGGCAGCUGCAGGAGAGUAUGACCAGGUUAAAGAGAUUCUGAAGCAGCAGAAAUGCAGCCCAAACCAGAGAGAUAUCGACUGGAGCUACAAGACUCCUCUCCACUGGGCAGCAGCUAAAGGACAUACAGAAACAGUCAGGAUCCUCAUUGAGCAUGGAGCCAGGCCAUGUCUGAGGACAGAGCAUGGAUGGACUCCUGCCCACUUUGCAGCAGAGUCUGGUCAGCUGGCUGUGCUGCGACUCCUGCACUCCAUUCAUGCACCGAUAGACAAGGAGGACUUCUGUGGAGACAAACCCGCAAGGAUAGCCGAAAUAUACGGACACAAACACUGUGCAUUAUUCCUUAAAAAAGCAGAGGCUGAGUGCCAAGCCUACCGCAAAACAGCAGCUAAUGAAGGGAUUACACUGGAUGACACAGAUGAAGAAUGGGCAGAACAAGGCAAAGAAAAUGAGGAAAACAGGGUUUUACAAAAAACAACACUCAAAUAAAG